UAUUUUUGUGUGGGGGGGGGGCGGCGGAGAGGAAACCUCCUCACUUCGGCGGAGGGAUUCCUACCGGAGACUUGUCCGAGGCCGAUUUGUAAGGAAGAAGUUCUGGCGCGCAGUUCGUUUGUCGCUCGAGUGAAAGGAAGCGGCGGGAGCUGCUGCACAUUUGCGGGAGUAGCCCGGGAGAACCGGCGAUGGGCUCCCGGCAGAGGCAGGAGUCGCUCCUUCGGUUCCACAGCCUCCUCCUGCGAGUAUAUGAGGAAGGAAAAAAGAAUAUCAACCAAGGACCACUUACCUUUGAGGCUGAUGUGCAAGUCUAUUUGAUUCAGGAAGGAUGUAUAAAUCCCUUGGAGAGCUUCUGGGACAGGAGUGAUACAAUGUUCAUUAUGGAGAAAGUAAGACCUUGCGAAGAAAUGCAAGAACUGGAAGAGGAGCAGAUAGGUGACCCUUCUAUUUCUAGGACUUUCCCGAAAGAGAAUUCUUCAGCACUUGCUUUACCCCUUCCAAGAGCAAGGCAGUUGAUUUCAUUCUACACAAUGUCUCAAAAUCCAAAUAUGCCCCACCCCAACAUAAACGAGUCAGCACCGCUUCCUCCACUGUGGGUGCGAUGUGAUUACUCCGACCCCAAACAAACUGUCUGGCUAGGAGCUAAACCUUUCUGCACUGGAAACAAGAUUACGGGGAUCCAUUUGUACACAGUUACCUGCAAUGGUCCAAUAUCAAAUAAAAAUUAUUCAGCAGACUUGCAAGAGCUAAAAGAUACUCACAGAAUGAGGAAUCACUCUUCUGACUUGACAAUAAAGGGUUUUGCACGUUACAAGUUCCUUGAAACCACUUCAUUAGACUCUCUCUCACUGGAGGACACCCUUAUUCCGUUGGAGAGAAAUAUAUUCGCUGAUUUUACUUGGAACUCUGUAAAGAAGAUGGUGGAGGCCCCUCCCCUGACUUCUACUGCCACACUGAAGAUUCAGAUGGCAUCUGGGAGCCCCUUGAGUUCUGUGUAUGAACUGAAUAGGGAACUGCAGUUCCUUCUUAGUUUGGCUGAGAGCUUGAAGACUGGCAUGGCUGACUGGCCUAAACUUGUGGGGGGAAAAUCAGCUGUUGAACUAGUACAGAAACUUUUGAAAGAUUUAAAGGACAUGAUGGACGGUUUGAAGAUGCCAAACAGUAGUGAUGCUGAGGAUGACACUGCUGGAGUUUAUGGCACCAUGAAAACACAUUUUAGCAGGAGAAGAGACAUUGAUUUUGUUGAGCAGUUCUGGUGUAAAAUAUGGAAGAAUGUUACUUCAUAUGAAGAAUUGGUGAAGUGUUUCACGUUGAUAAUGAAAGCUCUCCAGCAUGGUGAAUUGAAGACCUGGGUUCAUCAAGGAAGUAACAGCUUACUGAGCAAACUGAUUAAGCAAUCUUAUAAUGGAAGCACAGAAUCAGUUUCUCUUAGUGGAGAUACUCCAAUUCAAAUGCUUCUAGAAAUUGGUGUGGAUAAGAUGAAGAGAGAUUAUGUUAGCUAUUUUGUAGGCAAGGAAUUUGCAACCCGUACUCACUUGGAUUACUUCAUGUCAACUUCAGUAGAUCUGCAGGAGCAGGUUCAGCGCAUCCAGAAACUCCACCAUAUGCUAGAGAUCGUGGACAAUUGUGUAGAACUUCUUAAACUUGAGCAAGAGAACCUCAUCUUCUUGACACAGUCCUGUAUAAAUUACUACAAGGAAAACCCCCUGAAUGAAAAUAAUGUAUUUCAGCUACCAGUCAGAACAACUUUUGUGAAGGAGUUCUACCAAAAUGCAAAUCCUCAAGUAUGGAGAGUGGAAAUCAGUAGUGGGCAAGGAGAGAAAAAAGUGAAAACAAUAUGGCAACUGAGCACCACAGUGCCAGCUGAACACAUGAACUCAAGCAGUGUAGGUCUUCUGGAUGAUACUGAAGAUGGUGGCAGUAAAGAAAUGUGUUUUAUUACCUUCACCGAGUGCUCUCAGGUGUACUUUACAUAAAAUAUUGGCAGUAUUUCCUGUUCUUCCCAUAAGAGCCUAGGGCAUCUAACAAUAGCCAAAUAUAAAAUCUACAUAAGACAGUUAUUAAAACCAAUAUAAUAGUAAAAAUGCAGUUGAGCAGAUAGCAGGAGGAAGAUCUAUUUUGCAUGCAGAAAGUUUUGAGAGAGAUUACUGCCAAUCAGUAUAGAUAAUACUGAGCUGGACGGACCAAUAAUCUGACCCCAGAACCAGGCAGCUUUCUGUGUUCUUGAAAUUUAGUAGUCGCAGGCCUCUUGACACUGAAAUUGUGCUUAUGUCUAGUAGCCGCCAAUAGAUCCAUUGAAGAUUCGUAGAUAGUACUGAGAUAGUAUGUUCUGACUCUAUAUAAGACAACUUCCUUAUGUUUAGGGAAGCUUUUAAUGCCUGAUGUUUUAAUGUAUUUUUAAUCUUUUAUUGGAAGCCCCCUACCAGAGUGGCUGGGGAAACCCAGCCAGAUGGGCGGGGUAGAAAUAAUAAAUAAAUGAUGGUGAUGAUGUUCCUGAUAAGUGGA